UCGUCGGGACCCCGCCCCGCUCCGCCCCGGAAGGCGGUGAGAGCUCGUCCGGGCCUCGCCGCGAUGCUGCAGCUGCGGGAGGAGGAGGAAGAGGAGGAAGGGGGCCCCCCGGCGGUGCUGGCGGAGGAGGAAGGGGGGGUCCCGGCCGUGCUGGCGGCCGGGGGGAGCGCGCCGCCCGUCCCGCCCCCGCAGCGGCUGCGGCCGCUGAGCGUGCGGAGCGCCGGGCGCGCCGGGCGGCUGCGGGAGUACUUCGUGUUCCGGCCCGGCAGCAUCGAGCAGGCGGUGAGCGAGAUCCGCGCCGUGGUGGUGCCCGGGGAGGACGGGGAGGUGCGGAGCGUCUGGCUGCUGGCAGAGAUCGAUCACUGGAACAACGAGAAGGAGCGUCUCGUUCUUAUCACGGAUCAGUCCCUCCUGGUCUGCAAGUACAACUUCAUCAGCCUGCAGUGCCAGCACGUGACGAGGAUCGCCCUCAGCAGCGUGGAUACCAUCUCCGUAGGAGAGUUUGAGUUCCCACCUAAGUCUCUGAACAAGCGAGAAGGCACCGGUAUUCGAAUCCAGUGGGACAAGCAAAGUCGCGCCUCCUUCAUCAGCAGAUGGAACCCGUGGUCCACCAACAUCCCCUACGUCACCUUCACCGAACAUCCCAUGGCGGACGCCAACGAGAAGAUCGCGUCCCUCUGCCUACUGGAAAACUUUAAAACCCAGCUGAUUCAAGCUGUGAAGAAAGCCCAUAAGGAGUGUCCGGUGCCAGGAAGGGCUAAAGGCGUGCUGGUGCUGGAGCAUCCUCUUCUGAUCGAGACCUACCUGGGACUGAUGUCCUUCAUCAACAACGAGGCCAAGCUUGGCUACUCCAUGACAAGGGGCAAAAUUGGAUUUUAAAAUCCCUUGCGUUUAAUCUUUUCAAGCGAACGUGAGUUGAUGCUGGUCUCCCGGGGAGAGCCCACCGUGCGGCAGAACACCGGGUAACCAAAGUGGAGGUGUCAGGGGAAGGAAGGGGGCGGCUGUAGAUCUGCCAGUUCACGGGAGGCCCUGGUGGUUCUGGUCAGGUCAGAUUAAUCUGAAGCAGACACAAGGUAGUGUCAUUCUUGCAUUUUGUAUCUAAUUUACAGUUCCUCCUGGUUCUUCUGCAGGGCUAGCGAGCAGCAGUAUUUGCCACUUCUAACUAGGUGUUCUUCCCUGUUAAUUAAGCGCGAUUGGUAUCUGCUACAGACAUUCCGCACACACAUUCCAGACGCAGCAGAACGUUCAUGCCCUAUUGCAGUUGUAUCCCUAUAUAUGGUGUCAAAUCAUGUGGUGUGCUUGGGACUGAUCUGUGGUGUUGGAAGAGGUACCGGUGUUCACAGUUACAGUAAUCUUAGCGUUUUGAUUAAUGCCUGUUAAGAAUUUUGAAAGCCCUGUCAGUCAUUCUUUAGCAGCAGAUUUUGUUAGCGCUGUACCGUCGGGUCUGCUCAGGAGCCGUGUACCUGAACAAGUACUUUGUGAACUGAAAAAUAUGGCUGAACGUGCGUUUAUUAGCUUUUUGUAAAAAUACCUCCCUUCCUAAUAACUUCCUAAUUUCUUAUGUGUGUUUUCCUGCUGCAGCAAUAGAAUAAAGACUCUUUUGAGAGAAUAUUGCCAAAAGCCUCACAAAAACAUUUGCCUUCAAAGCUAUUAUUUAUAAAACUGAAAAGGAAUUCUAUUUUGAUGGGAUUUAUAUUCUUAGCAAUUUUUCUUAAAUCUACUCUAAUUUGGGGCAGCAGCAGCGCAGGACUCUUCAAUGGAGAGAGAUAAAGCUUUAAGCACUGUACAAUCUGGAUUUAUACAUUCUCGCACUGAACCUCAUACUGAUGUCCAGUCCUGACAUUCAGAAGCAGCAUAAGAGAGGCUACAACUGGAAUUGCUCCUGAGGCCCCUCUACCAAGCUUUUUCAUUGUGUGUGACCUUUUAUCCAUGCCAUUUUAUCAGAGCGUUUAUUUGCGCGACUGCAAUGCUGAAUAAAUGCUGUGCUGCAGCAGUGGUUUUUUGAUCUUAAAGUAGCCGUGUGUUUCUGAAACCGCUGUAAAGUCGCAAUGGAAUGCAACCAGUUGCAUGUCCCUCUCAAUGCAUUUUCUAAGAUAUCUAUUUAAUUUUCAUUAAUCUUACAGUAAAGUUAAAUUUCAGCUCAGUUUGUUCUUUGUUCUUCGUUUUGUGGAGACUGAGGCUGUGAAAUUUAGUGGGAAAAGAAAAAAACAUCCAAUAAAUUCCUAAAGAAUGGGCUCCCUUCCUCUGAAGAAAGCAGUGGCUGGCCACCCGGGUAGAAGGAGAGUCCAGCUCCUCUUUCCCUGCUGAACCGGCCACUCCAAUUUGCCACCAGAUAGUUGGGUCAACAGCUCCCCUUUCAGUUGCCUGUAACAUAUCAGUUUUGAGCUUUCUUGUAAAGAUUCACUAUAAUAAAUCCGUGGGGGACCAGGCACAGCUACUGUCACCUGUUAACAUCUUCGUCUGGAAAAGCAAAAUUAUUACAGAUGACUUAAUUUUCUUUCUGAAAAAAUAAACUGUUUUGCUUUAACAGGA